ACCAACUCUCUCUCUUAUCCCCGUGGAAGCACGCGCCCACCAGCCCGUUAUCUGCCUCUCUCUCUGUCCGCUGGUUGUUGUCUCACGAGGCUUGAGUGUGACGGUGUCACGGUAUCAUGGUUUGCAGGGCUCAGCCGCAGUAGCAGCAGAAGAAGAGAAAGAAGUAGAGACAGUAGCUGUGUGUACCAAGCAGCCAGUCCGGAUUCUCUACCAUCUCCCGUCUAUCGACCGGAGGACGCAACCGAACAUCCCCCCAUCUCUUCCCGUCUCUCUCGCUCCCUCGUCCCCAUCGCGACGCUCGGUGAUCAGGAGCUCUCUCUUAGAUAAAGGGUUGUGACCAGGGGCCUGGUAGGUGUUGUUGCCACUGAGACCGAGUGCGUGUCGCCACGGUGUUGCGUCGUUGCCAUGGGGAAACAGAACAGCAAGCUACGGCCAGAGAUGCUUCAGGACCUGAGAGAGAACACGGAGUUCUCCGACCACGAACUACAGGAGUGGUACAAGGGCUUCCUAAAGGACUGUCCCAGCGGCAACCUGAACGUGGAGGAGUUUAAGAAGAUCUAUGCCAACUUCUUCCCGUACGGAGAUGCCUCCAAGUUUGCCGAGCACGUCUUCCGAACGUUUGACACCAACAGCGACGGAACCAUCGACUUCCGGGAGUUCAUCAUCGCGCUGAGUGUCACGUCACGGGGAAAGCUGGAGCAGAAACUGAAGUGGGCCUUCAGCAUGUAUGACCUGGAUGGGAAUGGGUACAUCAGCCGUGAUGAGAUGCUGGAGAUCGUCCAGGCCAUUUAUAAGAUGGUGUCGUCUGUGAUGAAGAUGCCGGAGGAUGAGUCCACGCCGGAGAAGAGAACAGACAAGAUCUUCAGACAGAUGGACCUCAACAACGAUGGUAAACUGUCUCUGGAGGAGUUCAUUAAAGGUGCCAAAAGUGAUCCUUCCAUCGUGCGGCUACUCCAGUGUGACCCCAGCUCCGCCUCCCAGUUCUAAUCCCUCCCACCUGGCCUGCCAUGUCCACCCCGGUUGCUAUGGAAACGCUCAAAUCAGUGCAUGAUGGUUCUCGUCUCUCAUAUCUUUUUGUUGUACAAGUUGGAAGAAGAGUUUUAAAAUGAGAUAAAACUAAAAUCAUUCUAAUUUUAUUUAAAAAAUAUAUAUAUAAACGAAAAGAAGGGACAUGCAUAGAUUAUUAUUAAGAAGAUAAGCCAACAACUGAGGAUACAAAAAACAAGGCGUUGCCAAGGCAUUUCGUUGUCCGACGUGUUUUCCCGUCUCUCUCCGGAUCUGGAAGGAUGGAAUUCUGCUGAGCUCCGCUGCCUCACAGCGCCAGGAAGUCCGUCGACCAUUUUUUACAAAGUCGUGAAUUUUGGGGGGAAGAGAAUUAAGGGAACAUUCCAUCCUGAGAACCAUGCAUGGCCCUCUGUGUUCUAAUCAUUCUGUUCAAUAGAUUCUGUUUUCUCCUCCAAUCAAGGCACAGCUUCUACAAUUCUCUUACAUGUUUAUGUGUGUAUAGAGUGCAUAUAUCUAUGACAUCAUACAAAAUGAAUAGCCAAGUAUAUCUGUCUUUCAUAACUCUUGUUGCAUUCAGAAGGCAGUAUUAUGUAGCUGAGCUUGCUCUGAUCUGAUAUGGGAAUUCCGUAGCGGUUUUCCGUAGAGGGAAUAUGAGAGUGGGAAGGGAAAGGAGUUGGGAAUUUUCCUGCUAUAUGAUCUUUCACUGGGGGAAAAGAAAGCUGUUGAAGAUACCAUUUGGGGUUUUUUUUAAUUAUUGAUUGAGUAUUAUUAUUUUAUUACAUAAUAUUGUUUUCCUCAUGUUGUUUACUUAUAUUUAUUUGUUUUAAUUAUUGCGGUUUUAUUUUUGAUUUGCCAUUGAAGACGAUCGUAACCCAAUACUGGAGAAGAAUCGAAAGAAAGAAAGAUCGAGAGAGAUAUAGAAAGACACUUGGAUAAUGACGUGUCUUUGGACACCGUCUGUCUUAUAUCUGUCCAAGUUGGAAAGUUGAGAUUUCAAAACUCGGCAUGGAAGGAAAACUGGGAAAAAUUGAACAUUUGAUUCCAUAAUGCAUUUGAGCAUCGAAACCGGUAGCAGCAAAUCAUAUCAUUUGAGCCUCCACAAGUGUAUGCAUGCAUGCAUGUAUGUGUGUGUAUGUCUGAGUGUGUCUGAGUGUGUCUGAGUGUGUGUGUGUGUGUGUGUGUGUGCAUGUGUGUACAGUAUGCAUGUGUACAGUUUGUGUAUGUCCAGGCUAACUUAACAGUCUAAUCAAUAAUGUUGUUUAUUAACAUGUAAUACAAGUAUUUAAAAGUUAUUUAUUUAAACACUUUAUUACAUCACUGAGCAGUAAAGUACAGUCGUCACAUUGUCACACACCACACUGCAUGGUACACACACAAACACAGAAAUUAAGAUUUGUAAUUUUUCUCUCUUCAGCUGUACUCUUACUGUAAUCUACCAGACCACUCUUACUGUAGUCUACCAGACAACGCUUACUGUAAUCUACCAGACCACUCUUACUGUAGCCUACCAGACAACGCUUAUUGUAGCCUACCAGACCACUCUUACUGUAGCCUACCAGACAACGCUUACUGUAAUCUACCAGACCACUCUUACUGUAAUUUACCAGACCACGCUUAAUGUAGCCUACCAGACAACGCUUACUGUAAUCUACCAGACCACUCUUACUGUAGUCUACCAGACCACUCUUACUGUAAUCUACCAGACUACUCUUACUGUAAUCUACCAUACAACGCUUACUGUAAUCUACCAGACCACUCUUACUGUAGUCUACCAGACCACAAACAGAAGACGCAUGUCCCGUCUUUGCGCACUCGUGUGUGUGUGUGUGUGUGUCCGUGUGUGCCACUUUGAGACAGACCCCUCCCCUCCAUCCCUCCUUCCGUCCCUCGUCUCCUAGACAUAGACAACACACUAAGGGCUUCAUUAUCAUUCUCAAUCCCGAUGCGUUUGUGUUAUCUUCCUAUGUGUACUUAGCCAACAGGCAGUAGGUAGAGGAGUUGUUUUAAUAAGGCACUGAUCACCAAGAAUAAGUGUCCCAAAUGACACCCUAUUCCCUAUAUAGUGCACUACUUUUGACCAAGUGCCCCAUAGGGCUCUGAACGAGUGCACACUUCAGAAUGUAUACUGCACUGCACCUCUGCUAAUGGUCUCCCAGUGUCACUGCCCCCUGGUGGUUGAAUGAGGAACAGUCGCUGCUACUCUGCUGCUAAAUUAUUGGACAUGUUUUCCAGAAACCUCCGUAGGAAGAUUCUCAGAUUAUCCUGCUGAUUCAAGGA